CCUGAAUGCCAAGCUCAUAGAUGUCUACUUUUUCCUUUUUCCUUUUCUUUUUCUCUCUCAAGUCUUAAUAACCCUUAAUAAUCUCACCCUUCUUUUUCCCUCUAAUUCCACAACCCUAAAAAAUGAAAUGGGAUGUUGAAAUGGAAGAAAUUGAAGCUGUUUUAGACAAGAUUUCUGAUUUACAUGACAAAUUGAGUGAUGCAAUUCAUUCUAUUUCUCGAACCCAUUUCCUUAGUUCCACUAAAUCCUUCAAAAAUAACAACAAUUCUGCUGACCACAACAAUUUCAAGAGUAAUGAAUGUCAUUUCUUUGAUCACGAUUUCAAGACGAAUAACGAGAAUGUUAAUGGGUUUGUGUUUUUUAAGGAUUCCGCCAUUGCCGAGGCUAAGAGUCUUAAUUCUAUUCGCUCUGCCCUUGAACAUCUUGAACAACAGCUUGGCUUUCUCGAUACUGUUCAAAUUCAGCAGCGUGCAGAAAGAGAUGCUGCAGUUGCACGAUUAGAGCAGAGCCGCAUCAUUCUUGCCGUGAGAUUGGCUGAACACCAUGGCAAAAGAUACAAAGUAAUUGACGAAGCUAUGGAUUUCGUGGGAAGUGUAAGAGAUGCCACCAGUUGCUUUAUGGGACCCGAGAAUUCCUCUAAUCCUCCUGCAAGCGCACCUUUCGACCACUCAAUGCAGCAAAAAGGAGUCGAUGCCAAUAUCUUUGUAAAACUACUGUUCGCUGGGCUAGAUUCCGCCAAAAGAACACUUCAACUCGAUAAAUUGAGUGGAGUUCUAGGUAAUACUGCUUUAUUUGCUCUUAGCAUGCUUGCAAUGCUUCAUCUACAACAAGCAACAUACAAGGAUAACAUCGGCCUGAAGCAUUACAGAACUGUUAAGAAAUCAUCACUAAGAGAUAGUUCCUCCUCUGCGCAAUCAAGUCCCCUGGAUGUACGAUUUGCAAGAGGUUGAAAGCCAGUCCCAUUUUUGUUUCCGGGAAGUUUUGUAAGGUACCGAAAAAUACAAUCUUUUUGGAUGUUGGUCCUCGUCCCUCUGAUUUUCGAUGCGAGAUCACAGUGAUGCGGGAUCACAAGUGGAGUUCUUCAACAAGAAGUAAUAAGAUUUUAGGCUACUAGAAUAUUUUACUGUAAAGUUUUGUCUGUGCUGGUUUUUUUUUUUUUUGGAAAAUAUGUGUUUAAUGUGCAUUUGAAGAUGAAGAAUAGAAAUUGUUGUUCAUUUUGAUUAGUCUUCUUCUUUGUCUUGUAGUGAUUAAAUACUCUGAAUUUCAUAAGUAUUGUUGAAUUUGUUUUUAAGGUUUUUUUGAUUUAGAAGUUUCGGAAACAAUCUUUGUAUUUGUAAUAUGUAUUGUAGAUUAAUAAUAUUAGAGAAUGCAAUAA